AUGAAAAUAGCAACGCGUCCCUCAGCCCAAAAAACAAACAGACAGGAGUCAAGUGAGAACAAUACACCACAGCCGCCAGCUGAUCAAGGAGUCUUCAUCAUGACUUGUGUCAUCUGUGGUAUCCCCAUUCAACGUACCGAUACGGAGGAUGAUGGAUUUAACGGAAAAUCGAACCGAGGUUGGCCACAAGAUUGCCGCGCGGUCUAUGUUUUUGACUGGGACUUGGCCAACAUCAAAAUCUCUGGUCUUGGAGUCCGCGUUUUGAACGAUGAUAUCCUAGUUCCCGUAGACCCAUCUAAGCGCUACGACGGCAGUAUCAAUCAGGAACUGAUUGGAGUGAGCGAGUUAGGCGAAGGGUUCCCGUUCCCUCGCAAUAAUAGACACUGGGGCUUUGUCCUUCACGACGCCUGCUGGGGUUUAUUGUGCGAAGGCUUUCAACUUGACCUCAACCAUCUCUUCCUGUUCUAUCUUUCAACAUACCUUGGCCAUUGUGGUCUCCCAUGCUGGAAUGGUGAUUAUGGCGGUGUAGCGCAAAUGGGCACCAACGGUCAAGUCAUACUUUGGGGACCUAUAUUUGACCAUGACGUCGAUGAUGUUGUGCCCGCUGAGUACAAGACCAAUCCUUUUCAAAUCCCUGCUCUUAAAAAGGCGAUUACUUUCUCGAAUCGUCUGCAGCAAGAUGCUUUUCACUCCAAACUUGACCCGCAGAAGCUCAGCUUGGACAAAGACAUCUUUUCUCAUUUACCCACUGAGAUAGCUGAAACUAUAGUCACGUUCCUCCCCUCGCCAGAUGUUCAUUCGCUGCGUCUUGCAUCGCCCGUAUUUGCCACACUGGCCUUAUCGGAGCGGUUUUGGGCAUCGAGAUUCCGAAAAGGAAGAGAGUUCGAAUUCAUACCUGAUGUGCUGAAUAAUCCACCCACAUCGUGGAGAGCGCUUUACCUGUCCCUUCACGUCUGGGCUUCUGAUAAUUUGGGCAUGAUCAAUCGCAGACGCGUCUGGAAACUAGUUGACCACAUCCAGUCUGUGCUAUGUCACAUCCGGGACACGACAUGCUUUGGCACGGUUUCCAAGUCGCUCCUUGACCCUCAAGCACCAGAGAACUAUGUUCAGGUCGCAGAAGGCUAUUCGUGGAUAACAGCUGAGCGAACCGCUGAAGAAUCCAAUUAUAGAAACCUGCGAUACCGAACCCUUUCCUUUCCAGGACCGAUACAGGUAACCCAGGUAUCGGUGUCAAUGUUUGAUACUCCUGAUGGACCUUAUGUCUCUGGCCUAACUUUUAUUGACCAUGAUGGCCAAGUUGCACACCUCGGGUACUGCCACUCCAGACAUAUUGUUCAUAUUGAGCUCCCUGGUGCUCAGCACAUCCAAGGUUGGGAAGUAGUACAUGAUCUCCUGGGUGUCAAAGCUAUUGCUGUUGUUGCCCAAGACGGUACUGUAUCGCGUUUCGCAGGAAGCCCUGGUGGAAACCCACAUAAGCUUCUGGUGUCCAGCGAGAGAGUUUCGUCAAUUCGCGCCACCUUUCAUGGUGUCAAAAUGGUUGCUCUAGGUCAAACUACAAGAGACACCAUAACACACAGGACUGGGUACUUCUGGGAUAAGCAGGUUCCCGCCAAAGAGUAUUUUCUCAACAGUGCUUGUGGAACUUUACUUUCGAGAGAUUCCAAUAGUCGCGCUCGGAAUGUCUACUUGAAAGGAACCACUAACAACAUGCGCUUGAUGUCAAUUUUGUGCGACAACAUUGACAUCUGCCACGUUGCGCAGAUGGAGUUCAAGUUUGUCGACGAGAGGUCGCAUCAGCACUUGCAAAAGCUAGGCAACGUGCAUCCACUGGUGUCGAGACUGUGGGACACACAAUUUGGGGACACAGAGGUUCGGAAUUACUGCAUUGAUCUCGAUAGCGAUAAUGGCGAGGAGAUUACUGGCCUUGACGUACAAAUGUACCCAGGGCUAGUUUGUGGCCUCAAGGUUCACACCAAUUUUGGCAGGUCUAAAAACCUGACCAGCAAGCGUUCUCCUAUUCUUGGUGAACCCGCAUUCCCGUGGGUUUCUAUUAGACCUCGGGGGAAUAAGGUUAUCGGCAUGUAUAUGGUAGGCGGCGGUUUCAGUGAGGCCCUUUGUGCAGAUAUUGGUUUGAUAUCGGUGGACGAGUGA